GAGAAUUUGGAAACUCAAUCAGAAUUUUUGAUAUGGUGGAAUAACCCACUCCAGAAAAGGACUUGUGAAAUGUAAAUAAUUCACAAAGACCGCAAUUAAUAUAUAUUGGAGAUGGGAAACUUGGUGAGCAAGUUAUGAAGGGUGUUUUAGGUUGAGAAGAUCACCAAUUCUUCAAUUAGGUUUUUUUUCUUUCUCUUUUAUCUUCCUCCCGUUAAGAAGAACAUUAUUCAUGUCUUUGCUUCUCAAUCAGCCAUCGAAGCUCUGCUCUCGGAAACCUUUGUUGGUGAGAUCCUCUCCUCAUCUUUCUGAUGGCAUCUCAUCUUUGUCGUUACCAAUUCAUUCUCAUUCUUGUGUCUUGAUCUGCGCUGAUCCAUGUGGAGGUAAUCGCGGAUUUGCCACGACUAGGAGGUCUGGUGGUUUCCUUCGAACCAUUUCUUCUUUGAAAGAGAGCGAAGAGGUAAGUGAGAACGAUAGAAAGGUUAUCCUGUGGAUGAAACAGGAAAUGGGAACGAUAGGAUCAUCCUGUGGAUGGCUACCUACUUUGAAGGACGGCGUGUUGCGUCUCCGAGAAAUGAAUAUAAACAGUGAAACAGAUCCGAAACGCAUUAUGCUUCCUCCUCUUGUAACUCUGCCUCAUUGCCAAACCCAAUAUGUCACCAACGUAGCCAUGUCUUCUUCUUCUCCUCAAGAAGAGGACUGUGUUCUGGCUGUCAAGUUCUUGGGUCCUCAGCUCAGCUUCUGCAGACCGGCUUGAAGCAACUCCGAGUGGGUCAACAUCAGAAUGACAGACCCAUGCUUCUUCUCCUCCCCUGUCAUGUAUUCCAAGAAGGAUGACAUGUUUCGCAUAGCCGGCUCUGGAGGCCACCUCGUCGGAUCAUGGGAUCUCCACAACCCUAGCAACAACCCCAAGUUGCAGAGCUUGCGGUUUCAAAACCUUCCCAAGCUGUCCGAGACAAAACGAGACCUUUUGGAUUCGUGCUACACAACCGAACACCUGGUGGAGUCAGUUACUACCACUGAAACUUUCAUAGUUAAGUCGUACAAGAAGACCGCAGAGAUCAUCAAAGGUAUCCCGAGGAAGAAAACAGAAGCAAUAAUGGUGUUCAAGAUAGACGAACAAGGAAACGCUGUUUACACUCCAAGCCUCGUAGAUCAAAGCAUUUACCUCAACAACUUUGAAGCUUUCUGUGUCACUUUGAGCUCCUAUCUCUGCUUUGGUCGACCUAACUUCGUCAAAAUCUUUGAUGUCGACGAACGAAGAAUUUUCAAGCUGGCUAAACAAAAGUGGGAUUGUUAGAGAUAUCAGUCUGAGUCUGGUAUUGGGUUUGAGUCCAUAGAAUCUAUCCUUUUCUAUUAAACCUUUCAAACACCAAAAUCUAUUUUUAUAAAUCCACUGCAUAUGCUCGUGGAGAAGCUUUAGUGUAAUAAAUUCCCAACUACUACGAGGCAUUUGAUUCGAAAGGUGUUCUGUGUGUUGUGCCUUUAGAAAUGUACACUUUCCUUUGGGAUCAUAACUCCUUGGUUCGAGCUACAACAUCUAAAUCUGUUUCGAGAGGAAAACACUAAAUCUGGCUGAUCAAAACUGGAGGUGUUAGAUCAUUGCACAUUAAAAAAUAGUUUGGAAUUGAGGUAGAGAGUCUUCUAGAGUCUCUCUUAAACCUUUCAAACAUCAAAUUCUCUGUGAGACUGAUACAUAAUCUUGCAGAAGCUUUG